UUCUCCUGGAGGUUCCCCCCCAUUGGAGAAGCAGUUAUAGUAACUGUUACUGGCUGUUGGAUACAGGGCUACAUUGGAAUGACAGAAAAGUGGCAUCACAUAGUUUGCCUAGAACUCUGUUCCACUUUAGAGGAAAAAAAAGAAGUGCCAGUCUAUUCAAAUACUUACCGCGCCUCUUUGGGGAGUGUGCCUGUUGUACAAUACUUGUGGUAGCUGCUUCAUCUCCUUGGAGCCCACAACAAUAGAGAGAGAGAUUUGUACAAACAUCAAUGCCUGGAAAGACUCUGUUGGUCGGGACUGUGAUUCACUAAAUGACAUGGGCUAAAUAUAUUGCUUCUAUAUAAACUGAUAUCUGUACAGGAUGGGAAUGAUGGAAGCGUCGGAGUACAGGCUGCUCAGUAGUCCAGUUCUACGCUGCGAGAACCAAUGUGCCCGGGUGCCGCUUUGCCAGUGCUGUGAGACUUGUGUUCUGAUUAGGAAGCAUGCCCUAACCAAGAAAUGGUUUGUGAGAGCCGGUGAAGCCUCCCAGAGGAAAUUCCUCUUUGGAGUAAUUAGGAGACUACAGAGUCUGGAAUUGCUGCAAUACACAGAGAAGGUGCUGCAGCCAACACUGGGCAAAGACUUCACCUAUAGCCACUCCCGUAUAAACCCCAGCCUUAGGCAAGACUCCAGCACCUUCAGCUCUAACAGAGCUCUAAACAGGCGACUCCUGCUACAAUUUAUGCUGGAGACUUGGGAAUGGCUCAAGCACGCCUCCUACUGGACCAAAGCAAAUUACACACUUCUGCUGCUGCAAAUGUGCCACCCAAACAUAGUGCACAGUGCUGCAAAUCUGAUUCAUGUCCUUAUUAUCCAGGAGAUGCAUCCCCAUACCAGGAAAGCAGUGACUCCUAUUAAUUCCAAAAAACAAGAUGGAAUGCAAGGACUGGAUCAAGCUGUGUCCUCAGAUGACCCCUCCAUCAUGAUGGUACCUACAUCAUUUAAGUCAACGUCGGGGGUCAGUAUGUACAAAGACUUCAUCUGCUGCCUGCCGGUCCAUCUGUCCAAGCGCAUUCUAGGGUUUCUAAAUAAGAAGUCUCUCUUCAGUUGCCUGUUUGUAUCCCAGCACUGGUGCUACCUGACCAAAGAAACCAUGCAGGAUCUAGAUGCUGAACGAUUAGUUCGGAAUGAAGCAAUGAUCCUCCAGGGUACAUCCUACAAAGGUGUGAGCGUCUCCUAUGCCAAAAUUCAAAAGGUUCCAGUCCCAAAAGUUGGCGAGGAUGGAAACACCAUUAACGCUGUGGAGAAGAAGUUCUACCAAGAAACAAAGACCGGAGAGAGCCUAGAAGCAGCUUAUAUUGAUAUAGAAACAAACAUGGUUCCCUUGGAAGAGAGAAACCUUUUCUGUGGAUCAUACAAUGUUCUCAUUCUAACGGGACAAGGAGACCCGCACAGAGUGAUCCACUUUGAUGGAGGGCGGCUUGUUGCUGUUGGCUCGGUGGACCGCAAAGUGAAACUGUUUGACCUAGUGGAGAUGAAGCAAGUACCCCCACUUAUUCACGGGCAUGCCGGGAGCAUCCGAAGCGUCUACCUCUGUGAGGAGAGAGGAUUUGUGUUCAGUGGGGGAUUUGACCUUAGCAUCAGGCAGUGGGACCUGGAGUCGGGAGUGUGUAUGAGAAUCUUUCAUGGCCAUAUGAAGACAAUCAUGAGUUUUGACAUACAAGAAGAUGUGUUGGUUUCUGGAGCUAAAGACUGCCACGUGAAAGUCUGGAAUAUAACAACUGGCAAGUGCUUUCGCACCUUUAAGCAUAAAGAUCCCGUUCUGUCUGUUAAAAUAAAGGACCAGUACGUGGUGAGCGGCUGUGAGAAAGGUCUUGUCAAACUAUGGCAUAUCGAUUCAGCUACAUUAAUCAAGACUCUGACAGGUCACAACGGCCCAAUAAAAUGCCUUUCCUUCAACCAAUGGCAUUUGAUAUCUGGAAGCGCUGAUGGAUACGCUAUUGCCUGGAGCAUGAUGGGAAACUUUCAGAAACGCCUUAUCACUUUCAGGCAUCCAAAGGAGGUGCUGUGUAUGGAUUUCCUUUACCUCAGAGUAAUUACAGGAUGUGCUGAUGGCAAAAUUCGGGUGUUUAAUUUCCUGAACGGAGACUGCCUAAGAGUGAUGAGGGCUAACAGCCGAGCAGAUCCGGUGAUGUCAUUAUGUAUAAGAGAUAACAGAAUGGUGAUCAAUACGCCAGCCAGUAUCAUGAUUUUCCAGUUUGAAGAGGUUUCGUGGGAUUACUCGCAGGCAUCUGAAAGAGUCGAUGUUCUGAAAGAAAGAGACAAGUUUAAGUCAGCUCCCAUGAGGGUCAGGCCGUAUAGCUAUGUGCGGGCCCAAAGGAUGAAGCGGGUGGGAUCUAGUCAUGUAAAGAUGUACCAGAAGGAAGAAGAGGAAAAUAGGGAGGGCACCAGCAGUCUGUCCCACCAUGCCAGAAGCCUGUCAGCAAAGAAUAUGAAGAGGGCGCAAGAACUUCACCUAGAAUCUCUUAAGCCAGUAACUUGGCCCGAGUUACGGAAUUUCCGGAGAAGCUUUGCCUACAUUGAUCUGCAGCCCGAGUUUUAUAAGAAGUCCCCUUCAGCCAGCAGGCCCCAAACGGCUCCAAGAAGCCCCGAGGCAAUCAGCAGGGAGAGCACAGUAACAGAACUAAAAGCAAAGGAUGAUUCUGAUGCAGAAUCUGGAUAUGGUUCACCUGGGCGCAAGUCUGUCCUCUCUGUAAGUGAGAAUGCAACUCUGGAGCGUAUAAAAAAACGCGGACCUCACUCUAUAUUGAACCCUGAUCAAAUACUUCUUAAAGUCAGCACUUUGCACAAUAUGCAGAGAUUGGAUCAGCUUGCAUCAAACUGUGAGCACAAUGCAAUGAUACGGGACGCGUGGGGUCCUCAAAUGUCCCCACAGGAGCCUCAGAAAAGAGUCUCAAAUUCCCAAAUAAAGGAAAGGAAGAAAGACAUUGCAGUCAAUUGUUUGAAACAGAUACAAUCUUCAGAAUUUUCCUCAGAGAUAAAAACCACAGUGACUCCAUUUGAGAUGAGAAAAUUGAACCUCAAACUGAAGGAAUCCUUACAUGGUUCAGAAACCCAGUCGUCUAUACCCCCUCCAAUUUUAGUACGUCCACAAACCAGCCAUCAGUACAGAGAAAAGAAGAAAUGCAUUGCUGUACACCGGAGGACAGUUUCUGCGGUGGAAGGCAGUGUAAAGCAGAUUGGAAUGUACACCAGCUAUGAGUCCAUACAACCUGUGAAAAUGAUCAUGGGGCAACAUAAGAGACCGCCUCAGAGAAAGAAAACUUCAGAGAGAGCUGUCACUGUAAAUCCCUACAGAGAAAAGAGUGGGUUCCAGCUCCUUACAGUGAAGCAGAUGAAAGACUAUGAGGUUGAAAAACUGGCUCAGUACCAGACAGCAGAGGUGCAUAUACAGGCCAAUAAAGACCAGGAGAGCAGGAAAGCAUGGCUCAUGAAAAUCAAAGGGAAAAAUAUUGAUGAUUUUACCAAAGAAGGGAAAAUUGCUGCUCCAGAGCUUGGACCCAAUGUUUUUCUUUAAUUAAAAGCAUUAUAUUAUUAUUGUGUAUUAUAUGUGUGUGGAUAAGGAUUAGGGCUAGUACGGUGCUGCAGAAAUGGCUUUAUGAUCUUGAUACAGGUAUAGGAUCCCUUAUCCGGAAACCCGAUAUCCAGAAAGCUCCGAAUUACGGAAUGGCUGUCUCCCAUAGACUCCAUUUUAUCCAA